AUGUCAAGGAGUUUCUGGAACAACGACCAAAAAGACCGAGUCUUCUUACUUGGCGCGAGGCUCAAUGAAAUUAUCUUGCUAAGGAAAGCUGCAAUAGAGGCACUGUCUGACAUUCUUAUUAAUCUACCCCCUCAGCCCCCACCUCAAUCACUUCGUGACUCACUUGACGCCAGCCGUAUUGUGCGCCACACAGCGCCCACCCUGAAAAAUUUGACCAACCCCAAAAUUGUCUGCAGCGGCGAUAUCUGCGAAGAGGUGACGACUUUGCCCUUCUGGAACUGCUCGGGACUUAAGCAGGCGUAUAUUUACAUUGGCGGCGGCGUCGUCCAUGACAAUGGUAGUCACCGAUGGCAUGGGUAUCUACGUGAUGUGGUCAAUGGUCAAAUUUGGAAGAAGGGGCGAAGCAUAGAGGAUCAUUUUGAGUACUUGAAACGAGUUUACCCUCAUCACUUAAUUGAGGAAGCUGAUCCCGGGACUCCAUGCGCGCGACCUUUGGCAGAGAAAAAACCAUGCACUAAGAUAUAUUCUCAAGAGAUUUUCAUUCCAUACAAUGCAGUAGCUGUGACGGCACCAAGCGCAAAAGGAAUUCAAAGCGUCGAUUGGACUCGAGAGCGCAGGUUUCGGACCGAGAGGCGCGUUAAAAUGGUGGCAGAAGAACUGCAACGUGACGCCAUUCACAGGGUGUAUACGAGAGAGAUCUAA